AUGGCCAAAGCGGCAUUCAUCGGGCUCGGCGUGAUGGGCUAUCACAUGGCGGCGCAUCUGAAGAACCGCGGCGGCCAUGAAGUGACCGUUUACAACCGCACCGCCGCCAAGGCCGAUGCGUGGGUUGCCGAACAUGGCGGCGCUGGGGCCGAUACUCCAGCGGGUGCCGCCGCCGAUGCCGAUUUCGUCUUUGCCUGUGUCGGCAAUGACGAUGAUUUGCGCGCGGUGACGACGGGCGCCGAUGGCGCCUUUGCGGCCAUGAAAAAGGGCGCGAUCUUCAUCGACAACACCACCGCUUCGGCCGCCGUAGCGCGAGAACUGGACGAUACGGCGAAAGCCGCCGGUUUCGGCUUCAUCGACGCGCCGGUGUCAGGCGGCGAAGCGGGCGCGGUCAAUGGGGCACUGACCGUCAUGUGCGGCGGCGAUCCCGGCGUGUUCGACCGGGCCAAGCCCGUUAUCGAGAGCUACGCCAAGAUGGUCGGACUGAUGGGUCCGGCCGGCAGCGGGCAACUCACCAAGAUGGUCAACCAGAUCUGUAUCGCGGGCCUCGUUCAGGGCCUGUCGGAAGGCAUCCAUUUCGCCAAGCGCGCAGGGCUCGAUGUCGAAGCGGUCAUCGACGUCAUAUCCAAGGGCGCGGCCGGCUCCUGGCAGAUGGAAAACCGCCACAAGACGAUGGACGCCGGCGAGUAUGAUCACGGCUUCGCCGUCGACUGGAUGCGCAAGGACCUGGAAAUCGUUCUGUCCGAGGCCGACCGCAACGGCGCCGGCCUGCCGGUCACCGCGCUGGUCGACCAGUUCUACAAGGACGUGCAGAACAUGGGCGGCAGGCGCUGGGACACCUCGUCCCUGCUCGCCCGGCUCGAAAGGAUCGCCGGAGACCGCUGA